AUGCUUCUGGAUCGUGGCGACGCUGUGGGGGGUCAGCUGCACGGACCCCACGCAGAGACUGGUGAGUGCACUGUCCAGCCGCAUCGCUCUGUGCUCUGCCCCUGCUGCAACAUGUGUUCCAUGAGGCUGAACGAGAAAAGGAAAAUGUUGAGGGUCAAAAAUUUGAGCCUGGGCCUGGGCCUGGGCCUGGGCCUGGGCCUGGGCCUGGGCCUGACGGUGACUGUUCUGUGUCUGCAGGAGAUCCUCCUCCAGAACCUGUACCUGCUGAUGGUCCUGGCCCUGACCAACCUCCACCAGUUGGUGCAGCCCUUGCGCACUGCGUGGCACAGACCACCGCAGCCCUUCAUCCCUUUUGUUGUCUUUUCUGUUUUGCUGCUGUUCUUUCUCAUCCCUCUGGUGCUGGUGAUCUGGCAGCACCACGACUGGAGCAUCUGGCUGUCCGCGGCCACCACCUCCACUAUCCACCUCUUUUUGCAGGUGCUCCAGUUUCCCCCACAGGCCGAUAAAGUCACAUGUCUGUCCGUGCAGGUGCUGCUGGGCCUCUGCGGCUCCGUGGUCGUGAGAAGCAUCCAGAACACUGACCAGAGGGACUGUGAGGUGUCCAGGGCCCUCUCGCUGCAGCACCUGAUGAUGAUGGUGUUUGGCGCGUUGAUGGCGGCUAUAAACGCCUACGGCUUCAUGUUUGACUCCAGGCGUUUCAGUCACCUCCUCCUGAUGUCUCUGCACAUAUGCAGCCACAUCUUCCUUCGGGUGAGGGGGGAGGGGGGGAAGACACCUGCUGUCUCCCAUCCUUUUGUGUGUCUUUGGUUGUUUACUUUUUUCAGUGUGCUCACUCUGACCUCUGACCUGCAGAUGAACGAUUACCGGUCGGAGAUGGAGAAAUACCGGAGGUUGAAGAGGAGUAUGGUAAGCAGAGUGACGUGGCACGUGACACUGACAGAGGCGCAGCUCCAGCUCAUUGAUGACGUGUGCAGCGUCUGUCUGCUGCCGUUCAGCCCGGACUGUUCCCUCACGCCCUGUUUGCACUACUUCCACUUCGAGUGUCUGCGUAGGUGGCUCUCCAGGCACAAAACCUGCCCCAAGUGCUCCAGCUAUUUGGAAAAGGGGAAGGUGCCAUGGGACGAGAUCGAGAGGCUAGGUGAGCAGGGCGAUGGGCCGCAGGUGGAGCCACGUGAGCAGGGCGAUGAGCCGCAGGUGGAGCCACGUGAGCAGGGCGAUGGGCCGCAGGUGGAGCCACGUGAGCAGGGCGAGGGGCCGCAGGUGGGGCCACGUGAGCAGGGCGAUGGGCCGCAGGUGGGGCCACGUGAGCAGGGCGAUGGCCCGCAGGUGGGGCCACGUGAGCAGGGCGAUGGCCCGCAGGUGGGGCCACGUGAGCAGGGCGAUGAGCCGCAGGUGGAGCCACGUGAGCAGGGCGAGGGGCCGCAGGUGGGGCCACGUGAGCAGGGCGAGGAGCCGCAGGUGGGGCCACGUGAGCAGGGCGAUGGGCCGCAGGUGGGGCCACGUGAGCAGGGCGAGGGGCCGCAGGUGGAGGCACGUGAGCAAGGCGAGGGGCCGCAGGUGGAGGCACAUUUCUGA